AUGGGCGACGCGCAUGCGCCCGCUCGCUUCAAGAGGUGCGCCUCGGAGCCGAGCUUGCACGCGGACGAGAAGCGUCCGCGGUCUUGUGGCUGGCCGGCGCCGCCGCCCCCCUCCUCUCGCAGCUCGGAGGAGCUGUCUGCGGACUACGGCUGCAGCCGCAGCUGCGCGGCGCACCUGGCGCCGCAGCUGCAGACAGGUGGCGCGCUACCCGCACAGGAGGACCCCCGUGACCUGCUGCAGGUGACGCUGGACCAGAUCUGCGAGCUGCAGAGGUCUCUGCAGUCGCCCCACGCCGACGCCCACGCCUCCGAUUACGAGGCUGAUGACGACAGUGAUGGCGAGGGCACAGACAGCGGCGAAGAAUGCGGGGCCGCGUGGGACCGGCAGGUAGUGCUGGCUGGCUUCGAGGUGUGCUCCAAGGAGGCGCUGAGGUUCCUGGUGGAGGAGGAGCGCCUGGGAGCAGGCCACCCCGCCGUCAAGACACUGUCGGCGCACCUGAGCGCGCGCUCCCACCAGCUCGACUGCCGGCGCGUCCUGCUCGACUACCUGCGCCGCCGUGACACAGCCGCCGACGCCGAUGGCGCCUACCUCUCAUGACGUCACCUGGUCUCACUUCACCUCAACACUACACUGCCACCGUGAUAAAUGGUGUCACAUUACACCCUCCCAUAAUGGCCUCUAGUGUGAGAAUUUCAUUGCAGCAUCAAUACUCGCACCAAGAUAACUCGAGCUGCCAACUAAGUCAGUUCUUCGUCUCUACUCUCUCUAAUGCCAUGAUGUCAUUUCGGCGGCUACCUGUUGGUUCACCUAACACACAUUCACCAGAUAUCAGACAUGAUGUAUCCUUCCACUUCACGCCACAAACACAGUGGAAUUUACAGUGUACCAUCAUGAAACUUGCUCACUGUGAGAUCAGGCUUCACCGAGCUGACUCCAGCACCUAGCCACGGUAUUUUUUUUUUUUUUUUGGCAGUAUGUCUUAGCAAUUACAACACUCGUUCUGCUCCAUAGGAAAGGUGUAUUCGUUUGAUAUUGAUGAUAAAGCAUGGACACAUUAUGUAAUAUUGGGAUAACACAUGCCGACAUUGUGAGAGAUCUGAAACGAUUAUGAUGGAGAGGUCAUUUUUUCUGCCUGUGCCACAGGUCUCUUACUUUAAGAUGAAGUGCCAAAAGGAAGAUCAAAUUCAAAUUUCAACAGCCUUUCCGUUAUAGAUUUUGUACUAACAAAACAAGUAAUGUUUUCAUAUUAUUUCUUUGGCAGUGUGUUAGGAUAUUUAGGUAUACAUUUAGAAAUGAUGGUUGUCAGCGAUUUUGUUCACUCUGUUUACGUGUAGCUCUUUAUUUUAGGAAAGUGCGUUUAUUUUAUCUAGUCAGCUAAUUUUGUAAGUGCUUUUUCUAGUCAUAUACCACUGUUCCUUCCAGGUACAUCCAACGCAGUUAUGGAAUAUGAGCCUUUUUCCUGCAACUUCAACACCUAGUAUAUGAGACACAUCUGCUCCUCCCAUCUCUCUCUGUCCACCUUCCCCUCCCCCAUUUCUUUGUCCACAUCUUCCUGUCUAUCCAUCACUUUCUCCCCUGUCUCUGUUCAGCUAUGCCCAUCCGCACUUGUAGCCCCUGUAAGGCGUGCCAAUACUACCUGCACAACAUGCCUGUCAUGUAGGGCAAGUCUAUAUGUCAGAGGUAGGAAACAAUUUUUGCCCAUACCUCCACCCCUAUGAGUGCUAGAUAGUUCGUUCCCACACAGUGCUGAUUAUCCUAUAGCAAGGAGUAUGUGUACCAAAUUUGGUUGAUUUCUUUGUGACAGCUGCUUCAACUUUAUUGCCUUUCUCAAGUAACCUACAAAUACAACACUACUGACAUUAUCCACACAUAGGAAUCCAAAACAACUUCAGAUAAAGAUAUUAUUAUUACUUCUAUCACUUUCAGUGAUUUUGGAAUAUUGCAAUAUAACCAGAGUAAGCAUAUGCUGAAGUUGUGUUGACAUUUAGAAUGAUUAUGUUUUCGUGUCAGCUGUAAAAACACAAAAUCAGUACUACAUUCAACACGGAUUCAUUUAUAUCUUCAGUGGCAUGCAUUUACACAUUACAAAAAGAUCUAAGCAUUUGAAUGCUACAUUACCUUUGUAUAUAAUAGGUUAGAAUCCGACAUUUUCAUUUGUGAGAAAAUGAGGAAAGAAUGACAGAAGGGAACAAUUUUGCUUUGUAAAGAUUUUUCAGCACAAAUUCUUUUGACCUUAAGCUCACCUUAAGUCAGCAGUAGAAAUCCUUCAUUUAUUUUAUGUCACCAUACUCUUCACAGUAUUUCUCGAACACAACGAAAUAAAAAUGUUAACUUUAGUCUAAUACUACUAUCGUUUGCUACAACAAUUGAAUAACAAUCGCAGACACAACGAUGGACAGCGGUUGAAAUCCCUGGUCCCCCCCCCCUCCCCCCAACCACCAAUAAGAUUUAGGUUUUCUUUGAUUUCCCCAGAUCAUUUAAGGCAAAUUUAGAGGUGCUUCCUGUGAGAGAAAACCGCCGAUUUCCUUCUCCAAUCCGUGUAACGUCAUCUCGUCGUCGACGUUAAAUCUUUGGAAGGGCGGCAAGUACAGGGCAGAAUAAAACUGGUCCGGUAGAUAUUUCAUGCACCUUACGAUAGGCAACGGAAUUUACAUCAUCCACAUUGGGGGAUGAAAUAUUUUCCAGGCCAGUUUUACUUUGCACAUCUUGUAGGAGGGUAGGUGAGACUGAAGAUAUCACAGCCUUGGUCUACAGGUGUUUGGAUAUUAACUGCUGACUGCUCUCUACGUCACGACAUUCCUCCGCGAUUGCAAUCCAAGCAAAAAACCAUUCCACUCACGUAUGGAAUGAGGGAUGAUAGCUUGUUUAAACGCCUCCAUAUACGUAGCAACCAGUCUAAUCUUGCCCUAGCGAUCCUCACGGAAGCGAUACGUAGAGGGUUGUGCUGUAUUCCUGAAUGUAUCAUUUAAAGUUGGCUCUUGAAAUUCUGUUAGUAGGCUGUCACGGGAUAGUUUUCGUCUAUUUUCAAGAGUUUUCCAGUUCAGUUUUGCAUCACCUCUGUGACGCUCCAAACAAACCAGCGACAAUUCGUGAUGCUCUUCUGUGUAUGCGUUCAUUUCCAUUGUUAGUUCUCUUUGGUGCGGGAUCCACACAUCUGACCAAUGUUCUACGAUGGGUGGCACGAGUUUUUUGUAAGCAUUACAGAUUAAUUGCAUUUUCGUAACGCAGUAAUGUAUGCCACCGUCUCAAAAUGCGCUGAAGACUGUUAUUGUUUACAGUAAAUUUAGUGUUUGCAUCGUAAGAAACGUCUGCAAUUGCUGGCCGUUUCCCGUUGCCUCCAGUAGAUCUCGAUGAGAAACAAGUCAAAAAAUUUUCUGUGUGGCUAACACUGUCGUUUUCACUAUUAGACUUGGUCGCAUUGUAACUGAAACCCCAAGCGAACUUUACAUGUCGUAAUCGCAAAUUACAGCACUUAUCAGAAAUCUAGAUGCGAAAAUUCAGUAUGUUUCAAAGCAUUGUAACUGAAACCCCAAGCGAACUUUACAUGUCAUAAUCGCAAAUUACUGCACUUAUCAGAAAUCUACGUGCGAAAAUUCAGUAUGUUUCAAAGCAAAGUAUUCUUAAUAUUUUACGCUUCUUCAAAUCUCGUACUAGUCACCUGGGUUAUAAUAGCAGUAGCCCACCUAGAAAUAUAUUCCCCAGUACGAUGGAGGACGCGUCUAAAGAUUAAUGUCAUCCAUUCACAUGCGCAUGCUCUUGAUUCUUGCCAAUAACGAAUAAGAUUCCUUCCUUCUCGUAACCAGCUCAAAAGCACCGCUGAAAUAAUAUCUUCAUACCGUUUGUUUUGUUUCACCGUUUACACCGCAAAUGUCGCACGGAUCUGGGACUUUGCAGGUUCGUGCAGCACGUAAAACCGCGCUGGCAAACGCGAGGAGCUUCUUAACUUUCGGCAACUGUCGGUGUAACCUUUCUGAAUCUAAGCACUACAUAUACGCGCAAGUUUUCCUUAAACAAAGCAAACAACGGUAGCAGAAAUAUUCAAGGGAAGUAAAUGAAAAACGGGAGGUCAUGACCAAAAGCAAAGAGAGAGGGUGUCUGUAGUCGUAGUCCCUGCUUUCCACAAUAUAGGUAAGCUACAGUAUGCGCCAUGUAAUGAUCUCUCCCAGCGACACCGAAACUGUGAGUCUCUGAAUGUGCCGCUAGGGACAUAAAAUCCAGCCCACCCUUUCCCAAAGUGGCAAUUACGCUUGCAGUGGCUUCUCACACUACGUUCCCAGCAAUAAAACGGCGACGUCGCGCCGCCGCGAGUGUAAACGAACUCAACCCAG